AUGCUCAGCGAGGACCAGGAAUCCUCCGAUGAGGCGGAAUGCGCCGUCUGGAGGUUCCGCUGCCGCGUGGCCAGGUGUCCCUACAGGUCCAACAGGCCCUACAAUAUGUCGCGGCACGAGGAGAGGCACGCGGUGCCGCUGGACGACAAGCUGUACCGCUGUCCCGUCUGCGUCUACAGCAGCGACAAGAGCUCCAACCUGAAGCGGCACAUCUCCAUCAAGCAUCCGGAGGCCAAGGAUCGCCUGCCGGAGACCUCGUCCCCGGAUCGCAGCGCCAAGAUUCAGUGCCAGGUGAUGGGCUGCCGCUACGAGACUAAUCGCCCCUACGACCUCAAGCGCCACCUGAUGGUGCACAACCGGCCGGACAAGAGCCACAGGACCUUCAAGUGCUCCCUGUGCACCUACAGCUCCGACCGCAAGGCCAAUCUCAAGCGGCACCACGAGUUGCGGCACUCGGGCAUCGAGGAGGCCAUUCAAACGGCCGAGGAACUGCGCCAGGAGUUGCAGAUGGAGGAAGAGAUGCUAGAGAGGCAGAAGAUAAAGGAUCAGAAGCUAAAGAAGAAGAGGGAGCAACAGAAGUUGCUAGAGGAUCAAUUGCCUGACAUUCAAACACUGGAGGAGCAGUUGGAUAGCGAGGAAAUUCAAUCAAAUUCAGGCGUUCAGGUAGAAACAGCGCUGCCCAAGCCAAAGGAGAAUUUGCUCAGCAAUUUGAUGGAGGACCUGGUUGGCGAGGAGCAGGCUGACGAUCAGCUGGAUUUUGUAUACGAGGAGGAGGAGCAGCCGCCCAUAAUCACCAUUUGCAAACCGCAGAUAAUUCAGGGAGACAUUAGCGAUAAGCAAGUCAUUGCAGUCAAUGUAAAUGGCGAGCUGCGGUGGUUCCAAUCAAUAGAUCCGCCGCCCGGAGCUCCCACCAAACUGGACUUAGCUGUCGAGAAGUCGGAAGUUGUCUUUGCCCAGCAGCAAAUGGAGGAGUUGGAUGAUGAGUUGGCCCUUUCUUUGGCCGAACAUGAUCAGCAAGAGGAGCUUCUAGUCGAAAUGCUGACUGAGGAGGAGCCACCAGCCGAGUCCAAAGAGUCCACGCCUAUAGAACUUGCCUGGAGUUGGAGUACGCCGCACGCUGUACACCAAAUUACUCCCACAAAUGAAGAGGAAAAGGACCUCAAAUCUGAAGAUACGGAUGACUUUCCCGAUUGGUGGGACGACGGCAGAUACACAAAGAUGUCCAGAAACCAGAUAUUUCGAAAUCAAGCAAAGAAACCCUCGCAGGCGAAUGUGCAGCGCAUCCUGAGGAUAAUUUAUGACGUCUAUUACAAGCCAUUUAAGGAAGAUCGCAAGCAGUUCGAGGCCUUUCAAAUCAAGGACUCGUGGCUAUGCGCCACUCGAAUGACUCGAUUGCAGAUCAUCAAGGAUAUGUACUCGAAACAGGGGACAUAAACUAUUGAAAAAUGUAUUUUUUAGUUUAGUUUAUAUAUUGUUGAGAACAGCAAUAUCUUGUUGUUUUAAGAGUUAAGUGUACGAUAUAUCAGAUCACAACUAUUU